UGUCGGGAAUGCGUGUUUCCGGAGGAAGUUUAUGCGCAGAGGCCUAGGAUGGUUACACUGAGAAAGACGACUUCCCGGCGUGGAGUUCUUGCGCUGCGUUUGGACGACUGAGCUCUUAAGCAAUGCGGCAGAAGUAUUAUAUUGAAGCGGCUGCCCGGGGCCUGGUGGGAAGCUGCCCGGGCCAGGCCCGCUACCUCCUGUGGGCCUACAGUUCGACACACGAGGAUAACAGCACUUUUCAGGAAACAUGUCCACACUGCUUCCAAUUGUUGGUUCUGGAUAACUCUAGAGUGCGCCUCAAACCCAAAGCCAGACUGACACCGAAGAUACAGAAACUUCUCAACCGAGAAGCAAGAAACGAUAUACUCAGUUUUAAGGAAGCAAAACUGUUGAGAAAGUAUAAAGACUCCGCAAGUGUGCUGAUGGUUACCUGUAGAACAUGCAACAGAACAGUGAGACACCAUGGAAAGAGUAGAAGCUUCCUGUGGGCAUUGAAGAGCAACGCUCCCACUGCUGCCAACAAAGCCAGCCCGAAGACGCCAAAGAGAACGGCCUCAGGCUCUACAGACCCUGGUCAGAGUACGCAUGGUUCCAGAGGCAAGAGCCCCUCCUUGACCAUCAGAACACCUACAUCUGGACAGUCAACACCCAUUUGCUCCUCAAGGAAUGGGAGCAAAAGAAAGAAACACUUUUCUCAACUAAAAGCACUGCUCAGUCAGAGCGCAUCUGACAAGAACCCAAAGCUGGACUUCAGGCACUUCUUGUCUUCUCUGUGAGGAGAAUGAACUCUGAACCUGAAGUUAGCUAACAGCCCCUAUCCUCACUUUGAUGUCUGAGCACAUGGAAACUGAGUCAAAAGCAAGCAGUGCCAUGGGAAAUGCCUCAUUAAACCGAGCCACUUGGGCCUCCCUGGUGAAUGGGAAGAUCAAAAAGUAAAUGACCAAAGGUAAAGGUACUGCUGCCGCCAUGCCUACAACCUGUACUUCUUAUCUCCAGGACCAACAGAGCAGAAAGAACCCCAGUCUGCAGCGCUCCACAUGAGUGCCCUCCCCACAGCAGAUGGAUAAUUGUAAUAAAGGGCUUUAAAAACUAUGACAGUUUUUAUGAUAAA